AUGGCCCAGGAGCGGGGAUCGGAGGCCCCCGCGCCUCCGGGUUCUCAGACACUUCUGGAUGCCCUGCUCCGGAACCUCUACGACUUCGGGGAGACAGAAGAUGAGGCAGAACAGAAAAGGAUCAGAAAGAAGGAAGAAAACAAGAGGAGAGAUGUAGGGACUCCAGUGACCUUGGCAGCAGACCCAGCUCCUGUACCUGGUUCUCCCGUGAGAGGCCGAAGGAAGAGAGUCUCCAGCUUCUUCAAGGAACUCAGGGAAGAGCUGCAGGGUGUUUCUGCUGUGACCCCCACCAGCUCUCCUUCAGGACCAGACGCCCCUAGUGCUACGGCAUCUCCCUCAACACUGAGGAACGGCAGGGAGCGAGUACAAGUGAUAGAAUUUCACAGCAGAAAUAAAAAAAGGAAAGGGAAGCCGGAUCAAGAUGAGAACACACAGACCAAAACUAAUAUCCUUGGGAACGAUGUGGAUAGACAAGAAUUUAACUUAGAGAAGGCUCGCUUGGAAGUGCACCGGUUCGGGAUCACGGGUUACGGAAAAGGAAAGGAAAGAGUCCUGGAACGGGAACGUGCCAUAAUGCUGGGUGCUCAGCCUCCCAAAAAUAGUUAUGUGAAUUACAAGGUCUUGCAGGAGCAAAUCAAAGAAAAAAAGGCAGCAAAAGAAGAAGAAAAGAGAAUGGCCCAGGACACAGACAUUUUCAAGAAAAAGAAGAGGAAAGGGCAGGAAGACAGGAGAGCCAAAAAGAAGAAAUCAGCUCCCAGCAUUUUGUCAAGUGGACGGAUUGGACAGGUUGGAAAAUUCAAAAAUGGGACACUGAUUCUGAGCCAGGUUGACAUCAAGAAAAUAAAUUCCUCCCGAGUGGCUAAGUGA